AUGUCUUCAGAUAACCAGCGGUCAGCAGAUGAGGACGAAGGCCAGUUAUCCCGACUGAUCAGGAAAUCUAGAGAUUCCCCCUUUGUCCCUGUAGGGAUAGCAGGCUUUACGACUGUGGGGUCCUAUGGUCUUUACAAGUUAAAAUACAGAAGAGAUCAGAAAAUGUCCAUUCAUCUUAUUCACAUGAGAGUUGCUGCCCAAGGAUUUGUUGUAAGAGCUGUGACUCUAGGUGGUCUCUAG